AUGGCCUCUUUACUUCGACAGAUUGUUGCGGGACCUCGAGCACGGCACGCCGAGUCGGAUUUAGACCUUUGCUAUGUCACCAACAAUAUUAUUGCAACAUCUGGUCCUUCAGGCACAUAUCCCCAAAGAGCUUACCGGAACCCGCUCGAUCGGCUCGUUACCUUCCUCGACUCGAAGCACAAGGACCAGUGGGCGAUAUGGGAGUUCCGCGCAGAGGGAACGGGGUAUCCCGACGAAGAGGUAUACGGCCGUGUGCGACAUUACCCGUGGCCUGAUCACCACCCGCCCCCGUUCCGCCUGCUUCCCAUGAUCAUGGCUAGCAUGCGAAAUUGGCUUCAGGGAGGCGAUCUCGAGCCGGGCAAUGUUGCUGUUAGUGCCUCUGACAAGGCUGCCGAGGGCAAUGAUAAGAGGGUUGUCGUCGUUCACUGCAAGGCUGGCAAGGGCAGGAGUGGAACAGUAUCCUGCAGCUACCUUAUCUCCGAGUGCGGCUGGAAGCCCGAAGAAGCUCUCACGAGGUUCACGGAGAGGAGAAUGCGACCCAAGUUUGGAGCGGGUAUCUCGAUUCCUAGCCAGCUGCGAACGAUCACAUACGUCGACAGGUGGACUCGAGGUGGGAAGAAGUACGUUGACAGGGCCAUUGAGAUUAUGGAAAUCCAUGUCUGGGGUCUGCGAAGUGGCGUCAAGUUUGACGUCGAAGGAUUCGCCGAGGAGGGAAAGAAGAUCAAGGUGUUUCACACAUUCAAGAAGAGCGAGAGGAUCGUCGUCCAGGGCGAUACACCAAGCGGAGGCGGAGUCGGAUCUAUGGUAUCCGAUCUCGCCAGCGUCAGCGUCAAGCCUACGGAGAAAGCACCUGCCGCGGCGCCUUUGUCGGAACCUACCAACACGAACAAUGCAAAGAAGAGCAGCUCUGACAAGGAUGCUUCAGGGCCUGAAAAGGAUGAUACUACGCCUACCCGAAGCGAGUCAAAGAAGUUGCGCAAUGCGGCGACGACGUCCUUGAUUCACACACCCGAGUCGAGCGCGGCUCAGAAGAGAAGCGAUACUGAUGCUCCGCUGGCAGGGCAAUCAAGCACACAAGCCCAAGCGAAGUCAAAUGGCGGCGAAGACGGCGAGCCUGGCGGUAUGGCUGUUAUUCUCAAGCCAACGGAGCCCAUCCAUAUUCCCAACAGCGACGUCAACAUCUCAGUAGAGCGCCGUAACCGCACCUCGUCCUCCAUGGGCCUCACAAUGGUCACUGCUGUUGCCCACGUCUGGUUCAACGUCUUCUUUGAGGGCAACGGCCCGGAGCAAGAUGGCAAGGCUGACGCCAGCGGCGUCUUUGAGAUUAGCUGGGAUGCCAUGGACGGCAUCAAGGGGUCUAGCCGCAAAGGUUCCCGCGCCUUCGACAAGAUCGCCGUUGUUUGGCGUGUGGCAGACUCGCAGCGGGCCGAAGACGGUGGCGACGAAGUGAUUGCGCCGACAGCCGGCGAGAUCAUCAAUGAGCCCUCGUCUGGAUCACCUGUUCCGCAGAUGCAGGCCGCUGAUUGGAAGGGUCAUAACAAAGAGGACCCCGUCGCGGAGAAGCACCUUGGACUGAGGAAUGAGAGCCCCGAGAGCGCGGACGUGAGCCGCGCGAGCAGUGUCAAGGACGAUGCGGGCGUGUUGAGCGGCGGCAAGGAUGGUAAUGAUACGGAUUCUAUGGAGGGUGUAAAGACGAGUGGGCCGUUUGGCGAAGAGCAGCUCGACGCUGAAGAUGUCGAUGUGAAGAAGGUGGAGAGGGAGGUUAGGGAGGGGAGUUUGAACAAGCAGGCGGACCCUGGGCCCGAGUUGCUUGAUUCUCCUGACACCGCGAGCGGGACGACGGCGAUUGGGAGCACGGAGGUGAAGAAGUGA